AUGAAGCACGAGGAGUACGAAGUCUACGUGGUGGUCGAUGAAUGUCCCUUAGAAGAGUUCAACGUGGACAAGAAGUACGACGCUGCCAGCAAUACUUGGACGUACACUGGCGAGAUUGCCUAUACACACAACAAGAAUUUUGAGUUCCAGAUGCUUUACACUGCGCAAAAGCAGGGUCAUGGCGUGGUGUAUCACGCGCAUGUCGAUGGUCAAGCGGCAGAUGAACUCCUCGCUAUAGCGCAAUUCGAUAGAUGGAAGCGCAUCGAAGGAUUUCGGCAGUCCGGCUCCAUACGACCUUUCCGUUGGACUCGUCUCGCACGAAGACAAGGUGAGCGUGUGGCACUGCAGCAGUCCGUCAAAGUACGACGGUUCGCGCAUCAGCUCACUGCCGACUAUCUUGCCCUACCCAAUUUUAGACACGCCAGUCUCUCCAGACCCGGAGACUCCGUCGGAUGUAGGCACGUUAUCCGUGCUGCUAGAACCCCUCAGCGCGAUUGCGUCUCCACAGGCAAGCCGUUCACCGUGUAUUCGGACAAGCCGUUCAACCCCGCUAGUCGCAGCCCCUCCUCCAAAGCCAUCAAACCUGCUCUUGUGA